AUUUUGCUUUUCAUCAGCUGGUUUCUCCCAGGCGGGUAGAGGCUCAUCUACCUCCGCGUCGCGCUCUUGUAUUCUCCUGGGGUUUGAUUUCUUAGAAGCUGCCAAACAUGGCUGCAGUCGUUACCGGACACAAGCAUUUUGAUCAAGAAUACCUCACUACAGAGUCUAAAUUUAUUGCUCGAGAGUACUCUAGCUCUGUGGCUGAAGAGGUGAAAUAUCAGUACCAAACACAGAAGAGAGUCCACCAAGUGGUCGAGAGGAAGAUGCCUGAGAAAUACAUUCGGGAGGAGUCCAUGAUCAGGGGCCCUGCAUUUGUGGUUAGACUGAGGUCCCACACUGUGUUCGAAAAGAGUGCCAUUAAACUUUUCUGCACCGUAGAGGGAUAUCCCACCCCACAUGUCAAAUGGUUCAAGGAUGAUGUCAUCUUGGACGUUUCCUCUGGAAAGUACUUUGUGGAGGGUAAUGCUGGAUUCCACUCUCUCACCAUCCUCAAGUGCGCAACUGAUGACACUGCAAUGUACACGGCUGUAGCCUCAAACUCGCAUGGACAGGCUUCCUCCCAGGCCUCCAUCAUUGUGAAGAGGUGCAGAGAGGAAGAGAAGUCUACACCCUAUUCCUGGAUGCCUUACCAGUAUGCCAUUCUACCUGAAAUCAAGUACACAAAGAUUAACAUCACCUUCCUUGAGACGUUUGAUGUGACUUUUGGAAAAGAAGGCGAUAAGGUCACCCUGAGCUGCAAAAUGACCAUUAACCCCAAUCUGGCUAAUCUGCAGCCUGAAGCGCUGUGGUACAGAGAUGAGCAUCUCCUGAAAGAAUCGAAGUGGGUGAAAAUGGAGUCUGGGGGAGGUGUCGCCAAGCUCACGCUUACUCAACUCGCUAAGGAUGAUGAGGGUCUUUACACCCUCCGCAUGAUGACCAAGGGAGGCGAUGCGGUCCACAGGGCUUAUGUCUACGUUGAUGAUGGUCCACCUCCAGUUCCACGAGCUCCCGGAGCACCAAUGGACAUCAAAAUCCAUGACGCUAACAGAGAUUAUGUCAUCGUGUCCUGGAAACCUCCUAACACCACCACUGAAGGCCCUAUCAUUGGAUACUUUGUUGACAGAUGUGAAGUUGGAACAGAAAACUGGGUGCAGUGUAACGACUCUCCUGUUAAGAUCUGCAAAUAUCCUGUGCAGGGCCUGUUUGAAGGACACUCUUAUUAUUUUCGCGUACGUGCUGUCAACUCGCAUGGUAUCGGCAAACCAUCCAGAAUGUCUGAGCCCAUUGCUGCUCUGGACCCUACAGAGUUCGAAAGACUUCAUGCCACAAAACUCGGUGGGAGACUUGACGUUGUGACUUACUAUGAUGACCUUGAAGCUGAGGGAAAAGCUCCAGGACCUCCCUCUAAAGUCUGCGCUUCAGAGACCGACCGAACAUAUGUUGUGCUCAGUUGGGUCUCUCCAGUCUACCAUAGCAAAGCCCCCAUGUGGUAUUACAUUGAGAAGCUUCAGGUUGGAGCAGGAUCUUGGCAGCGAGUGAACACUAAAGUGCCCAUCAGAUCCCCUCGCUAUGCUGUCUUCGACCUGUCUGAAGGAAAGGACUAUCUCUUCCGUGUACUGUCUGCUAAUAUUUAUGGCAUCAGUGAUCCUUCGGAGCCCACCAGCACUAUAACAACCCUGCAACUAAAGGGUGUGCCCUCGGCUCCCGGACAAGUCGUCGCAACCAGGGAAACAGACACUUCUGUUCUAAUCCAGUGGGCUCCUCCGAAGGAUCCCAAUAACCUGAUUGGAUAUUACAUUGAUUCUUGUGUCAAAGGAUCUAAGGACUGGGCCUCGGCUAAUCACAAGCCCCAUAAGCAGACGAGGUUUGUUGUGCAUGGCCUGACCACCGGUGAGUCGUAUGUUUUCCGUGUACAAGCCAUCAACGAGCUGGGCCUCAGUGACGAAUCCCAGGAAUCAGCCCCUCUUUCUGUGAGAGCUGCUCUUAAGCUGCCCUCUUCCCCUUAUGACAUCUCUCUUCUGUAUUGUGACGGGGAAUCCAUGGUGCUCAACUGGAAGCAGCCCAUCCAUUCUGGAGGAGCAGAGGUCACCGAUUAUUACAUUGACAAAUGCAACGUGGCCAAGAAGACGUGGAAGGAGGUCAACAUCCCACCCGUUAAGGAAAGACUGCACAAGGUUGGAGGUCUGACUGCUGGCUCAGUGUAUCAGUUUAGGGUCUAUGGUGCUAAUGUGGUUGGAGUUGGUGAUCCCUCAACCUAUAGCUCUUCCUUCAAAUGUGACGCAUGGACCAUGUCUGAACCAGGUCCAGCCUAUGACCUGACCUUCACUGAGGUGAGGGAUGAUUCUUUGGUGGUGGAGUGGAAGCCUCCCGUCUACAAUGGGGCUAGUGCCGUCACUGGAUACUUCAUUGAGAAGUGCAAGAAAGGCUCUGAUUCCUGGAGCAAAGUCAACGAAAGUUCAGUUGACCACUGCUAUCUCAAGGUCAAGGGUCUCGAGACAGGCACGUCUUAUCUGUUUCGUGUGCGGGCAGAGAAUGCCAAGGGCGUUGGCAUGGCUUCAACCCCAUCUGACCCUGUGUGUGUCAGUGCACUGCCAGGCAUCCAGGAAAUCAAGUGUGGCGUCGAUGAGCAAUCAGGUGACAUUUACCUCUCUUUUGAGAGCUGCCAAAUGAUGGAGAAAUCAAAGUUUGUGUGGAAGAAGUCCUACCAAGAAAUCACUGACUUCUCAAAGGGAAUAGCCGUCAAGACAUCAGGCAGCAACUCGACUUUGCUUUUCAAGAACCCAGACAAAGAGGAUUUGGGCACAUUCUCUGUGUCUGUUACACAUACUGAUGGUGUGUCCGCCAGCUACAAGAUUUCAGCUGAAGAGCUGGAGAAGAUGUUGGCCAUAAGCUAUGACAUACGCAAUCCAAUUAUUCCUCUGAAGACUGAGCUGGCCUAUAAGAUUCUAGAGAGAGGCCGUAUGCGCUUUUGGCUGCAAGCUGAGGGCAUCUCCUCAUCUGUGACCUACAAAUUCUUUGCCAAUAACAAGGAGCUUGUCAACUGCGAGCAAACUAAAAUGAGUCACGACGCAGCUACAGGCAUUAUUGAGAUGGUGAUGGAUCAUUUCACUGACGACAGCGAGGGCACUUUCACCGUGCAGAUCCAAGAUGGCAGAGCCAAGGCCCAGUCCUCUCUCGUGCUUAUCGGAGAUGCCUUCAAGGCAGCGUUGGCUGAGGCAGACUACCAAAGGAGGGAGUACAUUCGUGUAAAAGAGGGCCCUCACUUUACCGAGUUCCUCUCUGUUCAAAUUGGGGACAAUGCGUCUGUCACUCUUAUUUGCAAGGUGGCUAAUUUGAAGAAGGAGUCUGCGUUCCAUUGGUAUAAGGACGAUGUAGAGGUGAUUCCUGAGGUGCCUGCUGACUUGACCUCAGGAGUCUGCAAGUUCCCUCUAACUAAUUUCUCCAAGAACGAUGUAGGACUCUAUAAAGCCACCAUCUCUGAUGACAGAGGCAAAGAUGUGUCACAGAUCGAUGUUUCUGGCAAAGCUUUUGAUGACAUCAUUAACGAACUCAGCCGUAUCUCUGGAUCCAGUGCCUCUGAGUUGUCGAUUCAAUGCACUGCGGAGGGCAUUAUGCUUCAGUGCCACAUGAAAUAUUACACAGAGGAGAUGAAGAUCCAUUGGAAACAAAAGGAAGCUAAAAUCAGUGCAUCUGAAAGAAUGCGAAUUGGUGGCAACCCAGCAAUGGCAACCUUGGAAGUAGUCGAACCUACUGAUAAAGAUAAAGGCAUGUACACGUUUGAGAUUGUGGAUACUGAGAAGACCCACACUCGUACCCUGGAUCUUUCUGGACAACUUUACGACAACGCCUAUGCAGAAUUCCAGAGACUCAAAGCGGAAGCAUAUGCUGAAAAGAAUCGUGGCAAAGUGGUUGGCGGUCUUCCUGAUGUUGUGACUAUCAUGGAAAAGAAGACUCUGAGUCUGACCUGCACUGUCUGCGGCGAUCCCAAACCUCAGGUCAGCUGGUCUAAGAAUGAUCAAGAAGUAGAGCCCAGCGAUCAGUAUGUCGUUGCCUUGGACUCGGGAAAAUUCGCCAGCCUCACUAUCAAAGGGGUGUCCAUGGAGGACUCUGGCAAGUACACCAUGACGGUGCAAAACAGGUUCGGCGGUGAAACAGUGGACAUCAUCGUCAGCGUGUACAAACAUGGAGACAAGAUUCCAGACAUCAAACCGACCCCUUCCUCCAAGAGGAUCUUGCCUCCCACUGGUCCGAUUAUAAUUCCCACCACCAAGGCUGCCACCCCUACUCCUGCCCCUGCUGGGGGCAAGUCUCCAGCUCCUCCCCAAAGUAACAAAUCCUCUGCCCCACCUCGUGGCAUGAAGUCCCCCACUCCCACCAGAAAGAAGUAACCGCACAACUCUUUCCACUUGUUUGCCCCCCCUACAGCACGUAAAUGUGUUUAUUUGCAGUUCUAUUAGGAAAUAUCAGUGUUUGCAAGGCGGCAAAAUAAGUUUGGGCGUCGAUUUUGGUUUGAUGUAUAAAUAAAUACUGCCUUUCCCCCAUCAUGAAACUCAGAA